ACCCUUCGAAGCCCAACUUAUAUUAUUGAGGUCUCUCUCUCUCUCUCUCUCUCUCUAGCUAGCUUGCAAAACAUAGAAGAGGACACAAGAAAUAAGAAACAAAGAAACGAGCAAAAGCUAGCUAUCAGCAACACCAAAAGCAACAAGCAAUAAUACAAAACAUAUCAGAUCUUCCACUAAAACCAUUCAUUGGCGCGCGCGUGGCAGAGAGAAAUGGCAACAGCUACCGUGUUAGGUACCGAGAUGGCAGAUUUGAACUACAAAGAGACUGAGCUGUGUCUAGGAUUGCCUGGUGCUGUUGGUGUCAAAAAUGAAGUUGAGACACCUAAUAAGGCUACUGGGAAAAGAGGGUUUGCUGAGACUGUUGAUUUGAAGCUUAAUCUUCAGGCUAAAGAAGGUGUCAUGGAUCUGAAUGAGAAUAUCAAGAAUAUUGCUUCAAAGGACAAGAACCACCUUCCUGCUGAUACCAUCAAGGACCCUGCUAAGCCACCAGCCAAGGCACAAGUUGUAGGUUGGCCACCAGUUAGAUCUUACAGGAAGAACGUUUUGGCUCAGAAGAACGCCAGUGAGGAAGGUUUCAGGGCACAAGUUGUAGGUUGGCCACCACUUAGAUCUUACAGGAAGAACGUUUUGACUCAGAAGAACGCCAGUGAGGAAGGUGAUAAGGCAAGCACUGGCGGAAGCAGUGCAGCAUUUGUGAAGGUUUGCAUGGAUGGUGCACCCUAUCUUCGCAAGGUGGACUUGAAGAUGUACAAGAGCUACCAAGAAUUAUCUGAUGCCUUGGCCAAAAUGUUCAGUUCCUUCACCAUGGGUAAUUAUGGAGCCCAAGGAAUGAUAGACUUUAUGAAUGAAAGCAAGCUGAUGGAUCUACUUAACAGUUCCGAGUAUGUGCCAUCCUAUGAAGACAAGGAUGGUGAUUGGAUGCUUGUGGGUGAUGUUCCAUGGGAGAUGUUUGUUGAUUCAUGCAAGCGCCUGCGCAUAAUGAAAGGAUCUGAAGCCAUUGGACUUGUUUCAGCACCAAGAGCAAUGGAGAAAUGCAAGAGCAGAACCUGAAUCUUAUGUACUCAAUGUAUUCAGGUUCCCUGCUGGAUUCCCUCUUUUUAGCCUUGCUUCCAUAUAUGAAGACUAGCAGACAAGGCACUUGCGCAACAUGGAUGGAUCAGUAGUGGUGUUUCUUUGGAUGUGCAUGUCUUUACUCUUUUUUUUUUUUUUAUUAAUAUUGCUGCUGUUAUUUCUUAAGAAAUGUGUCUGUAUUUUCAUUUGAUCGUAUAUAGAUAUCAAAGAUCUAGACAUUUGUAAUGGACAAGAAGCAAAAAACUUAACCCCCGAUUGGCUGGCUCGUGUAAUAAUCACCUAUUGUUAGUUGUUGUCUUGGCUGUCA